GUUUAAGAUUCUUUUAUUUACAUAAAUAAUCUUUGCAUUUUUGUUUUCCAGACAUGUGAGGUGGUUAAGGCAGAGUUACAAUUAGAGAGAUUCCUCUAGUACUGUCCUUCCUGUGCCCUGAGUAACAUAAAGUCAUGGUAUUAACGUUCUCCCUUCACCCAGUUCCUGUCGCUUAUCUCAUUCCAUCCCCACACUCCCUUCCUGCUCUGCAAGGGAAUAUGAAGGCGCACACAGGAGAGAAGUCUGUUCUCUAUGUUGCACCAGGCAUUCAGCAGUGUCUCUAAUUCUUUUAUGAGUUUAACAGAUUCUUCCUCUUUCUCACUUCAAUACUUAGUACGCCUUACAGGGUGGUGUCAAAGUGCUUAUCAGUUACAGACACACUUCCCGGCCACUUUAACCCAUACUCUUGUCACAGGAGGCCUGAAAACUUCAACUCCAUUCUCACUUUCCUUUGUAUAACGCUGUUUAGAGGUGUAAACAUUAGAAAUGUAAUUUUCAGCGUUUUCCCUCCCCUCCCCCGGUGGGUGUUAUUACCUUUCUCCUACCAACUACUUGUUAAUGGUCUGCCAUCCUUUAGUUUUCUUUCUUUAACAGUAACCAUUUAUUAAAUUUGUUAGGUUGUUUAUAUAUGCGCACCCAUUGACUACAGCCUGAGCGCUUCUUAAGCAGGCAUUGCUUUAGGCAUUUUACAUUUAUCAACACAUUCUGUGAUGCUAACACACGUACACAGAAGGAAGCAAAUGUAAACGCAAGGUAACUGGAGGCCGUGGAAUCUGAAUCUGCUUAUCUUCACUGUGACCUCUACAAAAUAGGUUCUCACAUCACGUAUGACAUACGUUUCACUAUUUCUAACCUCAUCCUUAAAUACUUUUACUCCUUAAUCUCCCACCUCACCCCCUCAUCCCAUAGGCCGCCCACAUUCCUCUCAUUUCCCUCGAGUCAGCCGCUUCCAAGCCUUCACAUCUUGUCUCUUUUCUUUGACGUACUGGUGUCCUCUUCCUUAUGAAGGCUUUCCUUGUAGCUGAAAGUAUCCACCAGACUCUUAGGCUGCCUCUCACUGGGUGGCCAGGGCGCGUGCGCACCGCACCGCUUUGUAGAGCCAAGGGGGCCCGACUCCCAACAGCCCCCGCGCGCAGUGCAGGCUGGGGGAACAUGGCCGCUUCCGGUCUCGCAGUCUUCCUGGCGAGGGGUUGACAGCGGCUGCGGCCCUGCGCGCUCCUCCCUCUGCAUCUCGCGCCGGCGGCCGCGGAGGGCGCAGCGGCCUCCUGUUCUCGCGCCAUGGAGAAGAGCUCGAGCUGCGAGAGUCUUGGCGCGCAGCUCCCGGCGGCAAGGCUUCCCAGCGAGGACUCACUGUCCAGGUGAGGCCGGGGCGUAUGGGGACAGAGACCGUGCCAAGCCGGGACAGAAGUCGGGAACGUGUGUGGCUGGAGAUGCCAGGGCGUGCGGGAGGGAGGCCCGGGCUUGCGGAGGAGAGACCUGGGCCUGGAGAGCCUGGACCCGGAAGAGAGGGGAAGCCACGGGCAUCCUGUGCGCGUAUGGAGAGCCCAGCAGUGCAGUGUUUCCGCCUCUGGGCCUUUGAUGUGAGAGGUGAAAAUACAGUUUCUUCAUGGCCACUGUCCCUCUAAUUCCUGCUCAUUUUCCCGUCUUGGAUUUUGCUCCAGUUGUGCUUAAGAACGUAGCGUUUUUUAACUUUAUCAGGAGUUCUGUUGUCAAGGACGUAACAUUUUCAUUCUUCUGCUCUAGUCACAGAAUUUAGGGUCCAGCCCUUCACCAGAAAAGUGGCCAUAGAGGACACUCUGAAACAAGCAUGCUAAGAUUUGAAAUGGAGAGGGGACGUAGCCUCACAGAGCCAGCUUCCCAACUUAAACUAUCAGUAACACAAUGUCCAUUAUACGUGGUGUCGGUUUGGAGCACUCUUUAAUUAACUUGCUUCCACUUCUCAUUCAGAGAACUCGGUUCAUACCAAAUCAGUUUCUGCUAUAUCAUCAGAUUCUAUUUCAACCUCUGCAGACAACUUCUCUCCUGAUCUGAGGGUCCUGAGGGAGGCAAACAAAUUAGCAGAAAUGGAGGAACCAGCCCUGCUUCCAGGAGAGAACAUCAAAGAUAUGGCCAAAGAUGUGACUUACAUAUGUCCGUUCACUGGUGCUGUACGAGGGACGCUGACUGUCACAAAUUACAGAUUAUAUUUCAAGAGCAUGGAACGGGACCCUCCGUUUGUUCUAGAUGCUUCUCUUGGGGUGAUAAGUAGAGUAGAAAAAAUCGGUGGUGCAUCUAGCCGUGGUGAAAAUUCUUAUGGCCUGGAAACGGUGUGCAAGGAUAUCAGGAAUUUACGAUUUGCUCAUAAACCAGAGGGGCGAACAAGAAGAUCAAUAUUUGAGAAUCUAAUGAAAUAUGCAUUUCCUGUGUCUAACGGCUUGCCUCUUUUUGCUUUUGAGUAUAAAGAAGUAUUCCCUGAAAAUGGGUGGAAACUGUAUGACCCCCUUCUAGAGUACAGAAGACAGGGGAUUCCAAAUGAAAGCUGGAGAAUAACAAAGGUCAAUGAACGCUAUGAACUCUGUGACACAUAUCCUGCCCUCUUGGCCGUGCCAGCAAACAUUCCUGAUGAGGAACUCAAGAGAGUGGCAUCCUUCAGGUCCCGGGGCCGGAUCCCAGUUUUAUCAUGGAUUCAUCCUGAAAGUCAGGCCACAGUCACCCGCUGCAGCCAGCCCAUGGUUGGAGUGAGUGGGAAGCGCAGCAAAGAGGAUGAGAAGUAUCUUCAGGCCAUCAUGGACUCCAAUGCCCAGUCUCACAAAAUAUUUAUAUUUGAUGCUCGGCCAAGUGUCAAUGCUGUUGCCAAUAAGGCAAAGGGCGGAGGUUAUGAAAGUGAAGACGCUUAUCAAAAUGCAGAACUCGUUUUCCUGGACAUUCAUAAUAUCCAUGUUAUGAGAGAAUCAUUACGGAAGCUUAAGGAGAUUGUGUACCCCAACAUUGAGGAAACUCACUGGUUGUCUAACUUAGAAUCUACACACUGGCUGGAACACAUCAAGCUCAUUCUUGCGGGGGCUCUUCGGAUUGCUGACAAGGUGGAGUCUGGGAAGACGUCUGUGGUGGUGCACUGCAGUGAUGGGUGGGAUCGCACAGCUCAGCUCACGUCCCUGGCCAUGCUUAUGCUGGAUGGAUACUAUCGAACCAUACGAGGAUUUGAAGUCCUUGUGGAGAAAGAGUGGCUAAGCUUUGGACAUCGAUUCCAACUAAGAGUUGGCCAUGGCGAUAAGAACCAUGCUGAUGCAGACCGAUCACCUGUUUUCCUUCAGUUCAUUGACUGUGUCUGGCAGAUGACAAGACAGUUCCCUACCGCAUUUGAAUUCAAUGAGUAUUUUCUCAUUACCAUCCUGGACCACUUGUACAGCUGUCUAUUUGGGACAUUCCUCUGUAACAGUGAACAGCAGAGGGGAAAAGAGAAUCUUCCUAAGAAGACAGUGUCACUGUGGUCCUAUAUAAACAGCCAGCUGGAAGACUUCACUAAUCCUCUUUUUGGGAGCUACUCCAAUCAUGUCCUUUACCCAGUAGCCAGCAUGCGCCACCUAGAGCUCUGGGUGGGCUAUUAUAUAAGGUGGAACCCCCGGAUGAAACCACAGGAACCUAUCCACAGCAGAUACAAAGAACUUCUUGCCAAAAGAACAGAGCUUCAAAGAAAAGUAGAGGAACUUCAGAGAGAAAUUUCCAACCGCUCAACCUCCUCUUCAGAGAGAGCCAGCUCUCCCGCACAGUGUGUGACUCCUGUCCAAACUGUUGUAUGAAAGAACUAGGCAUGUUGCCAGGAACUUGACAUUACAGCACCUUAUGCGUAGAAAGCCUUCUGUGUUUUAAACCCAUCUGUGGGAGAAUCCUUCAGAUGCUGUAUUUAUUUCAAAUCUCUCUUAGAUGAGUUUAGAAACAUAGCGGUGCAAGUGACAAUGAAGAUGAUCUCAUUUGUAAUUAAAGAUGACACUAAUCUGAAGUCCCCCAAAGAAUACUAAAGUACUGCAGUCCUGUGCUCACCCUGGGAGCCAGCUUUUCAUUUAAAGCUGUCUUAAAAGCACUGCUAAGAGCUCUAGGUGGGGAGAAAAGCAAGGCUGUUCUUGCACCUGAGAGCAUACAUACCAAGCCUUGAUCUCAACUGUCCCAUUUUUUGUGGUAUUUAAUAUAGUAAAAAGCAUUGUCUUAAAAUUGUUACAGCAUAGUAGUAGUUGGAAAUUGCUGCUGACAUUGUAAUUAGCGUAUUUUCAACAGCAGUUAGGAAACGAUGCCUUAUAUAUUUGCUUUGGGGGUGAAGGGACAAAGUAACUGUCAUCCAGGAAUUCAAAAAUAUUCUUUCCCGUCAGCCAAUUUCCAUUUGUAUGUUGAUCACAAAUACCACAGACACUUUAAAACCUUACCAUUACUCCACUUAUCUUAAUGCUGAUUGGCAAGUUUUAAAAACUUAAGUGCUAUAUUUAAAUUUCACAUGAACAUUUUAUCAAAGACCACUCUGCAUGUGAGUUAGUCUCGGUGCCAGCAAGUAAAGCCUCGCUUCUCUGCUCGCCUGAGUUGGGUGCUGGUGUGAACAGUUGACUCCUGGUGUCUGUUUCACUCUGUAUAAGAGCCAUAUGUAAUGUACUGUAACAAACGAGCUUCUUACCACUUGGUCUUUUAAUUAAAUGACUUCAAACUUUA